CAACCUCCCUUCGCCCCCGCUCGACGUCGCCCUGCCCGUCUGCCUCUCCCAUGGCGCACGGCACCUGCCGCCGGACCCGCCCUUCCGCCAUCUCCUGUAUCGUCGGCGCAACCUCCCUUCGCACCGCUCGCCGUCGGGUUGUCCGGCCCGUCCGCCUCUCCUACGACGCCAGCCUCCAGCCCCGCCAUCUCCUGUGGUGCACGACGCCCGCCGCUGGCCCCGCCCUUCCGCAUCUCCUAUGGCUCGCGCGCCUGUCCGUCGGCCACGCCCGUCCGCCUCUCCUGUGGCACACGACUGUUGCUGUGUACGUCUGGAACAACGCCACAGGGUGGCCCUCCCUCAUCGGUCUUUGCAUCUUCAAUGAUUCAUCCCGGGAGCCAUAUGAUCUGUCAGAUGAUGACACUAAUUUGCAGAAGAAGUUCACACGUCUAAGGGAUCAUGCAGCUGCACUGCGAAACUACUGUAUAAUCCUGACCUUUCUUUCUUUUGUCUUCACAAGGUUGAAAGCGCUCUUGGUUCUGCUGAAAAGCUUGUGAGAGCAUCACCUGAUGAGCUGUUCCACUACUAGGGUGAUCUUGUUCAAGCACUGGUACAUGUUCGUUGUUCUGAUGUCGUGAUAGAAGGUGAGGAAGAUUUUGCGGAAGAAAAGCGACAGAAGGCAUUAGUCGCCUUGCUGGUAACCAGCCCAUUUGAAUCAUUUUUGCUUUGCAUUUUCUUCAGGAUUUGGUACAUGUGUAUUUUCACAUAAUUUUUAACAAACCAAUUCAUAGAUUCGUUGUAUAUGAAUAACCGACCAAACAAAGACCGGUGAUAAUCAGCGUCAUCCCGGACCUAACGAACAUUUUAGUCUGAAUUUAUCUAACACUAUGGGAAUAGGGUAAAUGAUAACCAAAAGUUAGAAAUCUGACAUUAUGAUUGAUCAUACUAUCUGUAAUCCAUACUCUUCUGCUUUAUGGGAGUUAGUCUGUCGAUCAUCAUGACCAACUGAAAAUAAUUAAACCGGUAGAUCCCGACCUCAAAUGGCGCGAGUGCUCUA